AUGAACAGGCUUGUCAAAAGUGCACAUGUUGAUGCAAAUACUCCGCUUCAUCAAUUCGCCAAGCAAAUGAUGAAACUUCUACACAGUAGAAAGAUGAAAGAGUCAAAAGAAGCAGUGGGAAGCAUGGGUCAAAAGGAAACGAACACGCUAUACAUGUUUGAGAUAAGGGUUGCAAGAGCAUACACAAGGGCUGUGAUGUGUAGAUUCCAGGAAUCUUUGAAAUAUGCAACCGCAUUCAAGAUAAUGCACGACGAAGAAGGGGGUGCAAAUGAUUGGGUAGUGCAACAUACAACUAGAUCGAAUAAAAUUGUUUGGGGACAGCACCAAUUCAAAGUCACAGCUGAUGAAGAUGCAGGAAAGUAUACUUGUGAAUGCAAACAUUGGGAACAUACAGGGCUAUUCUGUGUACAUGUACUACGCGCGUUUAUGCAUCUUCAGAUUGACCGGAUACCGAAAGAAUAUAUUUUACAAAGAUACACCACCUCUGCAAGGCAAGAUGUUCCGUUUUCAAGAGAUGAUAGGAAUUUGAAGGGGAAGGAUGGAGAAACUAAGUCAUAUAGACAGAAGAUGUUGCUUAAAAAGGCAAUGAAAGUAGUGCAUCAUGCUAGUUUAUCCAAAGCAGGAAAUGAUAGAGCCCUAACAGUAAUGGAUGAGCUUCUCGAAGUACUUUCGCGUUUGGAAACAGAUAUAGACGUUGAGGAAACUUGUGGAACUAGUGGAGGAGAUGGUAUACAGGACGAUGAUGAAGCCAAUAGAGACAACGAAAAGGAUGAUGAAUUUGACGAAAGGAAUAACAAGGAAAUUCAAGACGUAUCUAUUAUACUUGAACAAGGUGUGGCCAAUGAUCAAAUACAUAUACCAGUACGUCCAUUAGAAGAGGUUAAUUUGCAUGAUCACGCAAUAAUGAAUGUUAGUGGUGUCAGUGAACAAAAUGAUAAUGCCAGAAAGAAACUGGAAUUUGCAGUCGAUGGGAUAAGCUUGGCAAGACCAAAUAACUCAAGACCCAAAGGAAGAACAAUAAAGGGGAGUGAAGAAAGGGUUAUUAAAUUGGGAGCAAAAGGUACAAAGAAAAUGACCAGGAAAUGUCAGAAGUGUGGAAUUGCUGAUGGUCACAACAGUAGGACAUGUUUGUCAAUGGAGGAAAAUAGACAAAGGUUGGCAAGCCUUGCUGGACGUAAGAGAGGACGACCUCCAGGAUCUAGGAACAAGGGUGGCAGUAAAGCUCCUGAUUGGAAUGAGACAACAACAUCUAAAAAACACGCAAAUGAGUUCGAUAGUAGUGAGUCAGACAGUGAUUAG